AUGCGACAAACCAUCGGGGAGAAAAAACUGCUGACAUAUUUCCUGGAGGAGAACACUGAUGACAGGCCCCAGAAUGCCAGUGAUGGCCCAAAUAUUUCUCUUCAACUCCUGAGGAACCACCUGGAUCUGUCCUACAUUGGCAACAUCACCAUUGGAACACCCCCUCAGGAGUUCAGGGUCGUUUUUGACACCGGCUCAUCUGACAUAUGGGUGUCCUCAAUCUACUGCUCUAGUUCCUCCUGCCGUACACAAAAGCGCUUUGACCCUCACUCUUCUACCACCUACCGGUCCUCCGCCCUGAAGCUGGACUUCAACUACCACUCUGGGAGGAUGGUUGGAUUUCUUGGCUAUGACACUGUUCGGAUCGGGAACUUUGUCAUCCUGGGCCAGGCAUUUGGCCUGACCAAGAAACUACUCGGGUUGAAUCAUGUAACCUACGAUGGCAUCCUGGGCUUGGGCUACCCCAGCCUUGCCCACAAACGGACCACCCCCGUCUUCGACAACUUGAAGACACGAGGCAUCAUUUCUCAGCCUGUCUUUGCUUUUUACUUGAGCAAUAGGAAGGAGAAUGGCAGCAUGGUGAUGUUUGGUGGGGUGGACCACAGCUACCACAAAGGACAGCUCAAGUGGAUACCAGUGUCCCGAACCCACUUGUGGCAGAUAACCAUGAACCGAAUCACCAUGGAUGGGGAGGUUGUUGGUUGUUUCCGUGGCUGCCAAGCCAUUAUGAAUACUGGCAUCACGUUCCUGAUUGGCCCAACUAGACAGGUCACCACCAUCCACAAGCUGCUCAGCGCCACGCCUUCCCAUCAAGAGUAUGUGGUUCCAUGUAGCAACAUCAGGAAACUACCUACUAUCAUCUUCACCAUCAAUGGCAAGGACUACCCAGUGCCUGCUGAAGCCUACAUCUGGCAGAGCCCUCUGGAGACCUGUCUCAGCUUGUUUAAAGGAGGCACAGAGGACUGGAAACGGUCAGAGAUCUGGAUCCUGGGUGAUGUCUUCCUGAGGGAGUAUUUCUCUGUUUAUGAUCGGGGAAACAACAGAAUUGGCCUGGCUCCUGCAGUGUAA